CCGCCCCCUCUCGCGGGGAGGGGCCGGGGCGGGAGCGAGCGCGCUUGCGCGUUGCACGGCCUUUUCCCCAGUUCACGUGGCCGGAGGGCUGGACUGCGGGUUUCUCUUUGCGGCAGCGGCGGGAGGGGAGAGUACGAACUGCGGGGACCGGAGUCAUGGCAGGACAGGCAUUUAGAAAGUUUCUCCCCCUCUUUGACCGCGUAUUAGUUGAAAGGAGUGCAGCCGAAACUGUAACCAAAGGAGGCAUCAUGCUUCCAGAAAAAUCUCAAGGGAAAGUAUUGCAGGCAACAGUAGUAGCUGUUGGAUCGGGCUCUAAAGGAAAGGAUUUCUAUAAUUGGCCUGAUGAAUCCUUUGAUGAAAUGGACAGUACACUAGCUGUUCAGCAGUAUAUACAACAGAACAUAAGGGCAGAUUGUUCCAAUAUUGACAAGAUUCUUGAACCACCUGAAGGCCAAGAUGAAGGUGUAUGGAAGUAUGAACAUUUAAGGCAAUUCUGUCUUGAGCUAAAUGGACUUGCUGUCAAACUUCAGAGUGAAUGCCAUCCAGAUACAUGCACUCAGAUGACAGCAACUGAACAAUGGAUUUUUCUUUGUGCAGCUCACAAAACUCCAAAAGAGUGUCCUGCCAUAGACUAUACUAGACACACUCUUGAUGGUGCUGCAUGUCUUCUGAAUAGCAAUAAAUAUUUUCCCAGCAGGGUUAGCAUAAAGGAAUCAUCUGUAGCAAAACUAGGAUCAGUAUGCCGUAGGAUUUACAGAAUAUUUUCACAUGCUUAUUUUCAUCACCGGCAGAUAUUUGACGAAUAUGAAAAUGAAACAUUUUUGUGUCAUCGGUUUACUAAAUUUGUGAUGAAAUACAAUUUGAUGUCCAAGGAUAACCUGAUUGUACCAAUUUUAGAAGAGGAAGUUCAGAAUUCAGUUUCUGGAGAAAGUGAGGCAUGAAGGGAAUCAUAUAGAAAAAAUGUACUGAUCACAUAAUUAACAUUAAUUAUGUACUGUAUAUAUGUCAUUUUAGACACAUCAAUCAUGUAUCCAUAUUAUAGCUUCUUUGUUUAGUAUAGGUUUUUGUAUGCUAAGUGUUGCCUUUUAAAAUGGGAAAUACUUUUUAAGUUAUUCAUGAGCUGUAUAUUCACUGGUGUGGCACUCAUGGUUUUUAAAUAAGAUUAGUAUUAUCUGUUUAUAAUGCCUGUUAAUAAAAGAAUUUACAGUUUGGUAAAAUUGCUGCUAAACAAUCAUUGGAUCACAAUCCUCAUCAAAUCUAUAAAAAGAUGAGUGAGCUUGAGGUUUCACACAAGCCAUUUACUAAAGAGGUAGUAAUGUUUUCUUUUGAUUUUAUCCCUGAGUUUAGAUAUUCUAGAAAAUUCUGUAGUACAUAGUUCAGUCUUAACUGUUAACUUUUCCAAAUUGAAAUAAGAGUGUUUUUAAAUUCUGUUUAUAGUUUUUGAUAUACAUAUAUGAUUGUGUGUAUAUCCAAAUAUAAAUGCAAAUGAAACGUUAGUAGUAAUUAAAUACUCUUACUAUGCUACAUAAACUAUAUUCUAGACCAGCAUACUUGGAAAGGAUUUACCUUUCUGCAUCAGUGGACUGUUACAUACAAGAUGAUGAUAAAGCAUAUAAAUGAUGUUCCACCGGAAACCUGCCCUGUCCUUCCCUUCUUUUCAUUUCCCUUAACUCCCUCCCCAGGCUACAUUAGCUGAGAAGCUUUUCACCAGACUGUGAUUUAGUGGUGGCUUAUACCUAUUUAUAUUUGUAUUAAUUGCUUACAAAUUAUACCUCAUAUUAGCGAUUCCAUUACACUACAGGAAAAAUGUACUGGUAUAGGCUCUUGCUUAUCUUUGCUUUGCGAAAUUGUUCUAACUACUCAGAAAACAGUCUUUAAGAUAGUUUGACUUCCUGUUAGUAAUAUUAAUCUUUUCAUCUAACCAUCUCAGCAGCAUUUAAAUAUUUACCUAGAGUUGAAAAAUAUUUAGUAUUUAUUUUACACUUUCUCUCCACAAUGUUUACGUUUGAACUAUAUACACAUGUGAAAUGUUUUGCAAUAAUUCACAGUUUCCAAAGGUGUUGAUGAACGCUCAUACAGAUUUUGGACUUAAAAUUCAGCAUCUUAAAAAGAAUUCAACUGCAGAUUUUACAGUCUUACCAACUGAAUGCAAUUUCAAACAAAGCACUGGAGGUCUUAUUGCUAAACUGGUUGUAACAAGGCACUAAGGGUAAAAAAAAUUGUACAUGUAGUGAAGAAAAUAUUUAAAUCUGUCUUUUGAAUAUAGUUAACAAACAUGAGGAACUUCUUUUUCAUUUAAAUGGGUUUCUUUGAAAUGAAGAUAAAUGUCUUCAUUUUUUUUUUCAGAUUGGAGGAAGUAAUUUAUACCACAUGAGACAAGUAUGUGCAGCAAAAAUGUGGGAAAUAGUACCGUCCUGAGAGUUUGUGUAUAUAUUUAUGCCUUCCCAAUCCUGCCAGUACAUCAGGCUACGAGCAGUGCUAUCCCAGCAGCCAGUCAUUACUUUACCCCAACCCACACCUAUCUUUUGAGAAGUUUUAUGUUCACAGUGAAAGGAAUGUUGACUUUGAAAUUAUGCAUUCAUAUUAAUGUCACUAUGAACCUAUGGGAAUAGUAAUUUUUACACAAACUUGCUAAAACUUGAGAGACUAAAGUACUAAGGUAAACUAUAUAGCAGUGCAGCUGUUCUCUCUAGACGAUGUCUCAGUGGAUUUCUGUUGCUUGACUAUUUUCGUAGUGAACAUUUGAAUUAAGGCAGUGGUUGGGAUUGGUGAUCUCACUAAGUAUUUUGAAACACAUUUUGAAUAAUAUGGCUUGGUGUUAAUGGGGAAAUAAAAUAUGAUUUUUUUCUUACUCA